GUGAUGUGAUGAGCGUUUGAGCUGCGCUUCUCAAAGAAACUUCUCCUAUCUGAACAGACAAACCUGCAGAAGCUCUUCAUCUGGACUUCAAUUCACUCUCCAGCUGACAGCAUUUUGUGAACAACCAGUAGUAGUAAGUAACACAGAAAGCGUUUGGUGGAGAGAUGCGCUACACGUUUAAGCCGGAUGACUGUAUGGUCAUCACCAUUCCUCUGGGAAACCUCAGGAACACCGGAGACGGUCACCUGAUGCCCGAGAAAUUCACCUGCAUCUUCAAAGACGCUUACAAGGUCUUUCUUAAAGGACGGCCAAAGGAACUCGGGGCGGCUCAGCUCAGCAUCGGAGUGUUUGUCAUUUGCAUCGGCAGCCUCCUUACUCAUGAAUACGGUCCGCCCCAUCUAGUGUACACCCUAACUAGUGCCCUGUUCAUUGCAAGUGGGAUUCUGUCAUUUGCAGCUGGAAAUUCUCCAUUCAUGCCUGUGGUGAAACUGUCCUUCAUAUUCAACAUUAUCAGCCUUUUCUGGUCAAUCACAGCUAUAGUUCUCUGUUCAUUACUAGGCAAUGUAAGUUGGCAUUUGCAUGACAGCCCAGGUUACAACACAAGGGACAACAUGUUUGUGGGUCUGAAGGUGGUGAUCGGUGUCUUGUGUGGGCUGGAGUUGAUUCUGGCUCUGAUUCUGAUCUUCUGGGAGAGUAAAGCUGUGUGCCGAUCUCACUUCAACACUCUGCCAUUGAUCUCCAUCAAGCAAGAGGCUUGAUCAGACGAAUGAGAUCGAGGACAAAUUACCCAUUUGUGAAUGAACUGUAAUGACAUCUGAAUUGAAUGUGUAUAUAAAUGCCUGUUUAAUGCCUUUUUCUACAGUGUCAGGGUCAUGGGUUUUAAUAGAUCAAAUGUUUAGCAUGAAUGUACUGUAAAUUGCUGUAUAAACAUGUUUGCCAAAUGCAUAAAUGUAAAUGUGCCACAAGUUUUGCAUUUGCUCACUAUUAAAGUACUGAGUACUGUUUACC